CAGCCCGAGCUGUACUGAGUUCUAUCUUAUCGCAGGCUAAGCAGUGAUAAGACCGCUAUAAAGCAUCUUCGCGCUUGGUUCUAGUUCCUUGCGCGCCUUAGACUUGCCUCAGUCAUCCACUAUGUCGUUCGACCUCGAGACGGCUUGUCGGGCUGCGAUCGUUGUGUUCUCUCUUUCGUACUUAUGUUUCCUGUGGAAAGACACCAUUCUGCGGCGCAGGCCGUUCAAGGAGAUAUCGCCGCCUGCAACACCGGUUACUUCGGGGAAGCAGAACAAGGAUCGCGAGAAUGGAGAGUGGAUACCUGAGCCGUUUACAUAUCCAACAUUUGGCCCUGUAGGCUGCGAGUUGAGUGACAUCAAUCCAAUACCUUAUAGGCCCUUCCGUUGGGGACAAUAUCAUGUCACGAUGGGCCUUAGGAACAUGCCUUGGGACGACUGGAUUCAACUUGACAACGAAUUUCCCCAGUACCAUAAGAUAAAGACCCACCGCGCCAAGACCCGCGGCGACCGCGUCGUGAGGACUUUACCUGACAGGCCUGGGAUCGUCCGCAGUGGUGAUCUCGCUGCCAAGGAGCUGGUUCAUGAACUCGCCGAGUAUUUAUCGCGUCGCUAUCCGACCACAUACAAAGUAGAACGGGGAUCUAAGAAAGACGAGGGCUUUGGCUGGUACGGCCUGCCACAGAUCAGAACGAUUACAAUCGUCCCAGUUGGUGCGACGUAUGACUUGGAUUCCGAAGAUCCUAUGAAAGUCUCGGGUUUGCUGAUACAAGACGAUCUCGCAUUGAUGGUCGAAGGUUCCGAUGGACGGUACUAUUUCCAAGCAGGCGCUAUCAUGUUACCAGGCUUCUGGCGCAUGCAGGACAAGAUUGGCAUGCCCCUGGAGGAAAUACAUCUUUCUGGCAAUGUACCUCAGUAUAAAGAGAAGCUUCACACGAGCAUGGCCCGUUUCUUCAAGCGAAUGCCAGUGGACAAACCUGUCAUAAGGAACAACUACUUCCUCCAGGUUGCCAAACCACCCGAGGAUGGCGAGGAGGUCAUCGAUCCACAAGAGCUCGCUUGGUCGAACUCUACGAAUGGCGACGAGGAUGCUUUCACGCACGGCACGCCAGGAGUCGAGCAGCGCAAGGAGCGUGUGCCCGUAGUCCUCAAAGAGGACGUGGCCACAGAAGCUCCUGAUUACGUUCUCCCGCGAAAUAUGCGUUUGCGUACGGAAAGGCAGACGUUGAGGCGGCUGCCUCGGAGCGGUGCGAUUGCCUUCACGAUCAGGACCUACCUCUUCUCGGUGGAGGAUCUUGCUAAGGAGAAGGGUGUUCCGGGCAGAAUGGCCAGUGCCAUCAGGAGCUGGCCGGAGGAUGUAGCGAAGUAUAAGGGACGGCGACUAUACCAGGACAUCCUGCUGCCCUAUUUGGAUGAACGCCAUCGUAUGCAGUUGGAGAAUGGUGAAGCGAUUGAAGGUGAACAUGUCGCGGACUAUCCAUUUUAACCUUUCCGCCGCCUUAGUCCGUAAUUUGUUGUAUGUGUCGUACCUCUAACAGGCACCAAUUGAUCCCAAUGUUGCGGAUAUAUUCACGGUAUGCUGAUUUCAGUUAUC